CUCCCCGCUGGGGUCCGCACGCUGACCCUCCGCCCCUCUCCCCUCCUCCCCCCUCUCAAACUCGAGCUCCACAUCCGCACCCAGCACGUGGUCGUCGUCCCCGACGGCGCCCGAGCCGUUCCAGGAAUCCUGGAAGCCAUGAUGGCGGCUCUGGAUGCCGACACCCGCCUGGUUCUGGUCCCCGUGGGUCCGACCCCCCUGCGCUGCGUGGGGCUGGACGUGGAUCUGCGCCGUUGGACGCUGCGAUACGGAGCCGAACGGGGCUGCGGGGCCGUGGAAGGACCGGCGGCUUUGCUGAUGCGUUCCGAGGAUCUUUUCAACCUCUCCUUCCCCACGCGACGCCCUUUGCACCUCGCCAUCUUCGUGCAGGCGGCGCUGCGGGGUUGGCGGCUCCGCGUCCUCAACCGCGGUUUCCCCUCCGCUCCGGCGGUUCUGAGCUCGGCCCACGACCUCUGGAAGGCGCAAAGCCUGCGGGAUCGGCGGCGCAGGAGGCUGAUGGAGGAAUUCGGCAUCAAGCUGGAGGUGUUGGAGGACGGCACGCGGCGCUGGUACGGCUGCGGCAAGGAGACGGAGCGCUGCUUCGGCACCAUCCGCUCCCGCACCCCGCAGUACCUCCUGCAGGGCCGUUGGACCCCGCCGUGCUGCCUGAGGGCGUUGAGGGAGACGGCGAAACACGUGGCGGAGACGCUGGAAAAAUCAGGGAUCAGGUAUUGGUUGGAAGGAGGAUCCCUGCUGGGAGCGAUCCGAUCGCGGGACAUCAUCCCGUGGGAUUACGACGUGGAUUUCGGGAUCUACCGGGACGACGCCGCCAAGUGUCGGUGGUUGAGAGCGGCGCGGAACGGCCCCGUGGAGGACGAGGAGGGUUUCGUGUGGGAGAAAGCAACCGAAGGGGAUUUUUACCGGGUCCAUUACAGCCGCAGCAACCGCCUGCACGUCGACCUGUGGCCCUUCUUUCCCCGCGCCGGGGUGAUGACCAAGGAGACGUGGUUGGGUCACCCUCAGGACGUGGAGUUUCCCGAGCGUUUCCUCCUCCCCACGGUGCCGCUGCCCUUCGCCGGUUUCACUGCCAUGGGGCCCAACAACGCCCGCGAGUUCCUGGAGCUGAAAUUCGGGCCGGGGGUGGUGGAGGAACCCGAAUAUCCCAACCCCGCCGUCGUGAGGCUGCGGCGAGGGGAGACGCCCCAAUAAAUCCCUGUGGCACCUCC